GGGAAGGGUUAGCAGCAUGGCGAGCCAAGGGAACUGCCUUCGCUAUGAGGGCUGCAACUUCUUCAGACACAGGAUCGUUUUGUCUACUCUGAGUGGAAGGCCAGUGAAGAUCCAGGGCAUCCGAGUUAAAGACGAGAGCCCAGGAAUCAGAGAUUUUGAAGCAAGUUUCAUUAGACUGAUGGACAAAAUAACAAACGGCACGAGGAUCGAGAUCAACGAAACUGGUACCUCUCUGUACUAUCAGCCUGGGCUUCUCUCUGGAGGAACUUUGGAGCAUGACUGCAAUAUCCAGCGAUCUAUUGGCUAUUAUUUAGAAAGCCUCUUUUGCCUAGCUCCUUUUAUGAAGCUCCCAUUGAAAAUUACCCUACGAGGAGUCACUAAUGAUCAUGUGGACCCCUCUGUUGAUACACUAAAGGCUACAGCUAUUCCAUUAAUGAAAAAAUUUGGUGUAGAUGGUGAGCAUUUUGAGCUGAAGAUCAUAAAGCGAGGUAUGCCCCCAGGUGGAGGAGGAGAGGUUGUCUUCUCAUGUCCAGUAAGAAAGCUUUUAAGACCUGUUCAACUGACCGAUCCAGGAAAAAUAAAACGCAUUAGAGGAGUAGCAUACUCUGUAAGAGUCUCUCCUCAAAUUGGGAACCGAAUAGUAGAUGCAGCAAGGAGCGUUCUAAAUCAAUAUCUCCCAGAUAUUUAUAUUCAUACUGAUCACCUGAAGGGAGUCAAUUCAGGAAAGUCCCCAGGAUUUGGCUUGUCUCUUGUGGCGGAAACAACAGAGGGUUGUUUUCUGAGCGCUGAGCUUACUUCUAACCCGCAGGGGCAAGGUAGCACAGUACUUCCUGAGGAUUUGGGACGUAACUGUGCAAUGUUGCUGCUGGAGGAAAUUUACAAGGGUGGCUAUGUGGAUUCCGUAAAUCAGAGCCUGGUGUUGCUGCUCAUGACCCUUGGACAGCAGGAUGUUUCCAAAGUUCUGCUUGGACCUUUGUCCCCCUACACGAUUGAGUUUCUGCGCCAUUUACGGAGUUACUUCCAGAUAAUGUUUAAAAUGGAAAGCAAGACAUUUGAAGAGCGGAAAGGGGCAGAAAAGGUGCUGCUGACCUGUGUUGGAGUUGGAUUUUCCAAUCUCUGCAAACCUGUGAAAUAAAAAGUUCGGCAUCUGCUUUUAUAUUACAUACACAGUCAGUGUAAAUUUGGCAACGUGAUGGCUGGAUUCCAUCGUUCACACCACAAUAGAGGCUGUGUAUUUGUGAGCUACAGACUGGCCUAUAGAGAUUGCCUAUAGAGAUUGCUGUAAUUUGGAGGAUGAAGCUGCACCAGUUGCUACCAUGUGAAGUCAACUUUACAGGUUAUAAGGAAAUGCGUUUUAGCCUUUUCUUAAACUGGAUUCAAGACCAAUCACUGUUACAAGUAUUCGUCAGAACCUUUGGGGAACGUUGCUCAUUUGAACACCAUAAAAUACUUUUUUUUUUUUUAAAAAAAUUUAAACCAUUUUAUAUUGCAAAAUGCUUGUAGAAAUGUUGUAUCCCAAAGUCACCAUGAGUCAUUAAACCGUUUCCCUCUGGAAAA